CUGGGUCCAGGGCCACUAGGAUCGAAAAGAAAACCAUAUCUGAUGGCGGAAGAUGAGCCUCCAGGGGCCAGUCUGAAGCCCCUGGUGUUCCGGGUGGACGAGACCACCCCCGAGGUGGUGCAGAGUGUCCUCCUGGAGCGCGGCUGGAGCAAGUUUGACCAGCACGAUCGGAACGUGGAGGACUGGAACCUCUACUGGAGGACCUCCUCCUUCCGGAUGGCCGAGCACGCCAACGUCAAGCCCUGGCAGUGCCUGAACCACCACCCGGGCACCACCAGGCUCACCAGGAAGGACCUCCUGGCCAAACACCUGCAGCACAUGGGGCGUCUGUACGGCACCCCACUGUACGCGUUCCUCCCCCCCACGUUUGUCAUGCCCAGCGACUACAGCAAGUUCGUGGCCGAGUACUUCAAGGAGAAGCAGGCGUUGGAUGCCAAGCUCAGCUACUGGAUUUGCAAGCCUGCAGAGCUCUCUCGAGGGCGAGGAAUCAUCAUUUUCAGUGACAUUAAAAACCUGGUCUUUGCUGACACAUGCAUCAUACAGAAAUACAUCUGCAACCCUCUACUUGUCGGGAGAUACAAGUGUGACCUCCGCGUCUACGUGUGUGUCACUGACUUCAAGCCGUUGACCAUCUACAUCUAUCAGGAAGGGCUGGUGCGCUUUGCCACAGAGAAGUUUGACCUCGGUGAUCUGGAGAACAGCUACGCCCACUUGACCAACAGCAGCAUCAACAGGUCCGGGGCCUCGUAUGAGAAGAUCAAAGAGGUGGUGGGCAGCGGCUGCAAGUGGACCCUCAGCCGCUUCUUCUCCUACCUGCGGAGCUGGGACGUGGACGACCUGCUCCUCUGGCAGAAAAUCAACCGCGUGGUGAUCCUCACUGUGCUGGCCAUCGCACCUUCCGUGCCCUUCGCGGCCAACUGCUUUGAGCUCUUCGGAUUUGACAUCCUCAUCGAUGACAACUUGAAGCCGUGGCUGUUGGAGGUCAACUACAGCCCGGGCCUGUCCCUCGACUGCUCGGCAGACGUGUCCGUGAAGAGGAGGCUCAUCCAUGACACCGUCGAGCUGAUUCACUUGCACAGUCUCAGAAACGAGAGUAAGGAGAGCUGUGGGGCUGCAAAUGCAAGUCCCGGCGUCUCCCUUGCUGAGAAAGACAGAGGUCGGGGCAGCGACCUUCCUUACGAGUCCUUCUCACAACUCAGGAGCAGAAGAGCGUUCAGUAAGGAUGAAACUCCAGUGAAGAAAGCGGUCACGACGUGCCCUGAAAACCGGCACACCUGCCAGCCCCGAGAAGCACUGAGCAGGCAGAAGGAGGUACACCCAUCGACGCGGGAGCCUCCCAAAGCCAAGCCGAAGGCCGGGGCCAGGCACCCGGCCCUCAAGACGCUCAUCCCCUGCGUGUCGCUCAUCCAGCCCCACGGCCGGGAGAAGGGCCUCUCCCCACACGUCCAGCCGGACAGCAGCUGGGUGCCCGGCCCCCAGGCAGGCAACUUUGUUCUCAUUUUUCCUUUCAACGAAGCAACUUUUGGAGCAUCUAGGAAUGGACUCAAUGUCAGGAGGAUAAUUCAAGAGCUCCAGAAACUAACGCAUAAGCAAUGUUCUCAAGUGGCAGAAAAGAAAAUAACAUGA